ACCAAACACGACAUUAAGUUUUCUUCUCCAUCCCCACUUUCAACUCCUCCUCUUAUGUUUCCAUCUUCAACACCACGAACCAUGGCUAAGUACCAAGAUUCAAAUCUAUUGACUGGUGAUGGUGCUAAGAUAUGGUAUUUCUUCUUUUUUAUUAUCGUUUUUUCUCUCAAGUUGAAUAUAGAGUUGUUGCAAAGGGAUUUGAGACAGCAGUUUGAUUAUGGAGAAUUGAAUGGAAACCCUAAUUUUAUAUUCGCCAUCAGAAACUGCACAGCAGGUGCAGAACAAAAACUCCAAUUUCGGCUCAGAAAAGCUAGACUUGGUCAACUUUUUCUCUGGAAAAGAUCCGUUGAAAGACUUUGGCGUGCUGCAAAAAACAGUAUUCAAAAUGGAAGUCCUGCUAAUGUUUCCUCAAGAAUGCCCAAAAAGAUUGGUCGCAAAAAAAUACAGAUUGAUCUGGAGAUGAUGAGCUUGAUUCCUUUCCGUCGGAGAACAAAUAUAAGAUCAACAACAAAGGCUUUGGGGAUGUCAAAGACCACUGUUUGGAGAAGAAUCAAAGAUGGAAGUAUUAAAGCACACUCAAAUGCUAUUAAACCAGGCUUCUCACUCAAAACAAGAAUAGCAAGACUUAAGCAUUGUCUUGAGAUGCUAGAUGAGAGUGUAUCCCCAGCAGUAUUUUCUGGUAUGUACGACCGUAUUCACAUUGAUGAAAAGUGGUUCUAUAUGUCUAAGACGACUCAAAAGUAUUAUCUUCAUCCAAUGGAAGCGUCGCCGGUACGUAGAUGUACCAGUAAGAAUUUUAUUCCAAAAGUUAUGUUUUUGUCGGCAUUAGCUCGUCCCCGAUAUGAUGAAUACGUAAAUACUCCAUUCGACGGGAAAAUUGGAAUGUGGGUGUUCGUUUUUAUGGAGGCCGCAAAGAGGAAAAGCAAAAAUCGAGUUGCAGGUACUCUUGAGAUGAAACCGAUUAAGUCAAUCACACAAAAGGUUACUCGCGAGUUUUUGAUCAACAAACUACUCCCUGCUAUCAUACAAAAAUGGCCACAUGACGGUCGUACAAUCUUCAUUUAACAAGAUAAUGCAAGGCCACACAUUGCUAUUGGUGAUGAACAAUUUUGUGAAGUUGUUCGACAAUUUGGAUUGGAUGCGCGCAUAUGUUUUCAACCUCCAAAUAGUCCAGAUUUAAAUGUCAAUGAUCUUGGAUAUUUUAGAUCUAUAGAUGAACAUCAACACUCCGAGGCUCCAAAUACCGUGCCUGAAUUGGUUGCGGGCGUGGAAAAUUCUUUUCGAGAGUAUCCAAGUUACCUGAUAAACAACGUAUUUCUAACGUUACAAACGUGCAUGAAUGAAAUAUUAAAGAAGAAAGGAGAUAAUGAUUAUUAUAUCCCACAUAUGAAGAAAGAUCAUUUGAUUAGAAUUGGUGAAUUGCCAACUUGCAUUCAGUGUGACAGUGAAGUCAUAACCGCAACAAAAGAAGCGCUUGAGGCUCUACAACAUCAACUAUAUCAACAAGAAAAUAAA